AUGUACACGAGACGAGGACCCCCGAAACGAAAAGUAUCUCCCAGACUUCGACACUUCAUCGAUACACAUCCAUCACAAUCACCAUCACGAACAGACUCGACAUUCCCAUCAACAUACACAGAAAUUAGCUCUCGAUCAACUCGAAGAGAUUCACCAAGAUCCACUUCCAGACAUCGUGUCAGAAGCCCUCUCCCCUUCAGACCAAGACGCGAACCCGGAAGUGGAAGACCUGAUACGCCGGCAUCUAGAAGUAGAGAAUGGAUCCUCUCAUGGUUUCGCAGCCCCUCACAAUACACAAGGGAUAAUGGCAGACGUCGUGAGAAUCAAAGUCAUGUGCCAUCCCAGCCCCAACAUCGAACCCCUGAUGUUGACUCUCAAAGACGGUCCAGGUCAGACAGAGCAAACAGACCUGGACCUUCUGGAGAUCACUCUCCUCCCAGGGUAUCUCGUGAGGGAGUGCGUGAGAGGGAAACUGAGAUCCGUAGACCACGGUACCAUACGUCUAGAUUGUCUGGUGAGACACCUAGAGCACCUAGGAUCCAUACCAAUCGUCCAGAGCUGCGGAAUCAGCAACACGAGUCAUCACGAGCUCCUCGUCGCACAAGAGAAGCAUCUGUAUUCUCAGACCGAAGACCUCAGCGACGGGGACGACGACUUUCUCCAGUCCGUGAUGACAGUACUCGGCAACCCAGCUCGACAAGAACAAAUCGUCCCCUCUCAGACGAUACACCUCCUUCUUCAGUAUACACUGAUAUCCCAAUGCCUGCCCCUCCUGUUCGACCGGGUACGCCAAUGCCCAGGACAGAGACUGGAAGGAGAGAGCAUGCAUCGCAACGAAGAGUUGUCUUUCGUAGCCCACAGCGUCGUUCACAACCGACAGUGAUACUAAGACGUCCUAGUGGUACAGAACCAGAUCCUGAUGUUAUAAUAAGAGAGCCAAGGGGACCCAGACGGAGCCCGGCACGCUAUUAA